CCCUGCCCAUGGCAGAGGGUUGGAACUGGGUGAUCUUUAAGGUCCUUUCCAUUUCAUUAUGUUACAGAAUUAAAACCUUAUUUCGAAUGAAACUGGUAUGUUGUGAUUGACGUUAUUUUUGACAAAUUAAACGUGUGCUAUUGCUUCACUAGAGAGUCACUUGAAAAAAACUAAGAAAAAGAACCCUCGGGCUAUAAAAAGUGCAGACCAGUUGCGACUCAGCGCAUGCGCGGUGGCUCUGCCCCGUGUCCGCUCUGACUACAUUCCCCAGCGUGCCCCGCGGCGUCCCCGCGCAUGCUCCCGGCGCCGCGGACAGACCCGCGGUGAUCCCGGUCCGUGGACAUGGAGGAGGGCGCUGGGAGCGGGGUCUCGGGGCCGUCUAACGCAGAUGGAGCGGGAGCGGGAACAGGAACAGGAGCAGGAGCAGGCCCGGCCCCGGCCGAUGAGGACCGGGACAUGGAGGGGGCCCCCAGCUGCUCGGGGUCGCGCUCCGUCCCCUUCGAGUUCCAGCGGAGCCGCUCGGAGUCCACCGGCGAUGAGGACGACGACGACGACGAAGACGACGACGAGGAGGAAGAGGAGCUGGAGGGAGACGCCGGGGCUCGGUUCGGGACGGAUGACGGGGAGCACGACUCGGGCGACGACCGGGAGCGUAUGAUAAACCUCGCAGAGUUGACCCCUUAUAUCCUGUGUUCCAUCUGCAAAGGUUACUUUAUUGAUGCUACAACUAUUACAGAAUGUCUGCACACCUUUUGUAAAAGCUGCAUCGUGAGACACUUCUACUAUAGCAACAGAUGUCCAAAAUGCAAUAUUGUUGUACAUCAGACACAGCCCCUUUAUAAUAUCAGGCUGGACCGGCAACUGCAAGACAUAGUCUACAAAUUAGUUGUUAAUCUUGAGGAAAGAGAGAAAAAACAAAUGCAUGACUUCUAUAAAGAAAGAGGAUUAGAAGUGCCCAAACCAGCUGUCCCACAGCCAGUUCCAACGAGCAGAGGAAGACCUCGUAAGGUUCUAGGCUCGGUGUUCCGGAUUCCACCGGAACUUGACAUCUCCAUACUUCUGGAGUUUAUUGGAGCUAACGAAGGCACAGGGAAUUUUAAGCCUUUGGAAAAGAAGUUUGUGCGUGUUUCUGGGGAGGCAACAAUUGGACAUGUGGAGAAAUUCCUCAGAAGAAAAAUGGAUCUGGACCCUGCUUGUCAGGUGGACAUAAUAUGUGGUGAUCACCUGCUGGAGCACUACCAGACACUGAGGGAAAUUCGUCAAGUCAUAGGAGAGAGCGCAGUGCAGCUGCUGGUUAUUUUCAUUUGUCUGAAACUGGGCCUUCUCAGAGUUCUGCAUCACUGAUGGAUAUAAUGAGCUCACACAUGGGAAAAGCUAAAAGGAGUGCCUUCCGUGAUGUCCUUGGCCCUUGGCACAGAGGAUGGUUUGCUUGUACUGCACUAUGGCCUGGUGGUAUCUCCGCUAACUUAAAGAUUACUGGAAUAUUACAAGGCAAAAGAAUCUGAAGAGUCGUGGCGCUUCUUCACUGCUGUUUCUCACCAAAGAAGCCAUCGUAUUUCCUGUGGCAGGAAGCAAGUUAAAGGAACUACCACUAGCUGCUGUGUGAUCGUAGUGUAACAUCUGACUUUACCACUGUAAAAAAUUGCAGCUUCUGUAAGUACAGCUGUAGAUGUUGGUAUGCUUCAUGUUACAAAUUACUGUCUUCAAAUUUCACUCAGCUCAGGGAAUUUAAAUGCUCAGAGUAGCUGCGUUUUUUUUACUUUUUAAAACCCACAAGAUUUCACAGGGUUAACAGCCUUUUUUUCCUCUAAGCUCUGAGAUAUCUCUUGCUUUCUAAGUGUCUAGCUAGAACAGUGCUCUCAGGGAUGAUCUUCAGUGAGCAGUAUAGUGUAUUUUGGGGAGGAGACAGUGAGUUGCCUAAAAAAAUGUGUACUGUGAUCAUCUGUCUUCAGAUGUGAUUUGGGGGUAGGAAGGAAACUAGAAAUGCAGACCAAAAUAGGUAGAAAACGAUGCAGCAUAAGCAUUGGUUUUUUCGAGAAGUAGCAUUACAUUUAGUUGUUUUUCUUGAAGAAAAACAAUUUUGUUUGCACUGGAAGUAUAUUUGCUGGUAGUUUGGCUUAUACCAAAUGGUAGAUCAUUCAUCUCUAGUCUUAAUAGAGAUGGGCUGACUGUAAGCUGGUUAAACUAUGCAUGAAAAAAAAAGUAGCACCUCUUUCUACCUGCUUGCUGUAUAUAAAGUGAUCACUGUCGGCCUGAUUCUGCUAUCAUGAAUCUGUCAACUGGCUUGACUGUCAGGAGCAUAAAUCCAUUCACUUUAGCACAUACCUCUCUAGCAGCUAUGAAAAUGGUUGCUUUUUCCACUCUUUUUAAUGUGUUUUAGUGCAUUGCUGUGGAGACCAGGGUUGAGUAAUGUAAUACCUGUCUGUUACUACCAGAUUCGCAGAGGAUUUUAGGUAACUUUAACAUAUUAAAAUACUAUGGUUUGUGACAACUCUAA